AUGGCUCAGGGAGGCCAGAUCGAAAAACUCCUUAGGGAGCUAGGCCUUCCCUUGAAGCAAGACGCAAAAGCCCGACAAACACAGUUGCUCACCCUUGACAGUCCGCACUCGUGCGAGCAUUGCCGAGACGACUUCGUCCAGGUUGCUGAGGAGCACGACACAAUAAACUGCUCCAAGUGCAGAUGGUCAGGCACUGGCACCGCCACGAGCCCUGAGUACCGCUCGUGUGGUGGCUGCGGGAAACUCUACAGAAACAAUGUGACGAGGAAAUUCUCGGGUACACUCAAGGGCAGACUUAGAGAUGCCGUAGCGGCCGCGGGAUCAGGCUGCCUGCUCUAUGCCUACUUUCUUGCCUCUGUUGAUCAUUUGCAUUUGUUUGCUCACGACUUGGAGAGGCACUGUGGUGGAGAUGCGGUAGAGUCUCUACUGAGUAUCGCAACUCUCCAUCUUUCUGGGAUUUCUUUUGCCCAAGAAGGAGUCUCCGCUCCUUGUGUUUUCACCCUUCAUCUGAGAGCCGGGUCAUUUAAGAAACUUCAGCAAGCAGGCGGGGGUAUUGGAAGUGAGCGGAUCAACCUGGCCGAUAUCCCGUCUCGACUCCUGGAUGUUCAAGCCGGAGCUGGACGUCACAUCAAGCUCAUAAAAUUCGACACGCUAUCAGACAUUGAACAGGCAAUGUUUUGCUCAUCAGGCUUCGCAGCGCUUUCCUACUGCUGGGGAGGCCAGCAAUCGUUCACCUUGACCAGGUCUCAAAGCCAACAUCUUUACGAUGGAUUCUCACCUUCAGAGCUUCCGAAAACUAUUCAGGAUGCGAUUCGUGUCACCCGAGAACUCGGGCUGCGAUAUCUAUGGGUUGACGCACUUUGUAUCCAACAGGACAGCGACCAAGACAAGGCAGCCGAGAUAUCUCGCAUGGAAACGUACUACGGGAGUGCCACGGUCACAAUCUGCGCCGCUGCCGCCUCGACUGCUGAACAAGGAUUUCUAUUCCGUCGGAAGAACCACCCAUUCGAUGCCGGGCCAUUUCGGAUUCGCCUAAGGAACAAAAACGGCAUCGAUGAGGGCUACAUUUACUUGUUGAAGGAGGGUGACGGGCCACCGAACCCCACGACGACACGCGGGUGGACCAUGCAAGAAUCGUUUCUCUCUCGGCGCAUACUGAUCUACUCUGAAAGGCAAUUAUACUGGACCUGCACAACUUCCAUGUGCGGUUGCGGCGGUAGUUUCAUGUCCAUGGCAGAGAGGGUAUCUGGAAACUACAUGUCCUUGGUCAAGUACAUCCAGCCCAUUGGGGACUUGAUUUACCUCCCGACGGCAAACCAGUGGCAGGACCUCUUGAUGAACUACACGACCCGUCACAUAGGCGUUCCCGGCGACAAGCUCCUCGCAAUCUCUGCCUUGGUAGCUCACCUCUGGAACAUUUCCAAGGACCGGAGGGAGAAGCCAGCCUACAUUGCAGGGCUGUUUGUAAACCUGGCAAAGAGCGCCUCUUUUCUUGAGCAGCUCCGCUGGAACGCAAUUGACCCAGCAAAAUCACGUCGCGCGAGCGUGUAUAGGGCUCCUUCAUGGUCGUGGGCAGCCAUCGACGGUCCCAUCCAGAACCACUUGAGCGGCGGCUACCCCCCUGUCAUAAGGCAGCCAGACCAGGCGGUGAUUCACAGCUACUCUGUCGACCUGGUGCAUCAAAACUUGCCCUUUGGAAGUGUCAGAGAUGCACACAUAAUCAUCGAGGCCAAGAAGCGCCGCCUUUGCGAGUGUACCAACGUUCCAGGCCUACCGCUGAUUAUUCGACCCAGGAGGCCGGACGACGACAACCCAGACACCAGCAUUGAUCUACACCCCGACACAGAAGAAGACAGCCAAGCGAUUAGGGAGAUAAUACAAAACAAGGGUACCUCUGGCGGCGAUAUUUUCCUGUUACUCCUCCGCAAAUCUCGAGGCCUCAUUGUCUCGCCAACCGCCUCAGGGGACAUGGUAAGGAUCGGGGUUUUUGAGAUGUACAAGAAGGGUGAGGAUGAGUUUGAUCCGGGAAUCGUUUUCGAUAAAUGCGUACCAACUUCUAUGCGCUUGGUAUGA